AUGCACUACAUCCGCCUUAUGAGGCCACCAAGCCUCGACGACCAGCGAAACUUGAAGCUUGUCAUCACCAUAACGACAGAUCUGGGCGACUCGUUCCUCUGCCCAGAUGAGCCAGUGCCCAUCUCGGUGUGGCUCACGGGGGGUUCAUCUACAAGCACUGACGAUGGCCAGACUCAAACAUGCUGUCUCAGUCUCCGGAGGGCGGGCAAGAGUGGGGUCUAUUGGAAACAAGGCAUGAGGAUCAUAAAGCUGGAGUUGCCAGUGCCUGACAAGGUUUUCAAGAGCAUGCAAAAGCCGUCCCCGGCGUCAAGUCUGACGCCCACCAUAUGCAUUGUCGCAUCACACAACCUUGAGGACUCUCCCAGGGCGGCGGACAUCCCGUUCGAUGCAGACGGCCGGAUAAUGGCCGUACAAUCCGACUUUCCCUGGCCGCCAGAGAAGGACGGGGAACGGACCUUCGAGUCGAUGAGACGACUAGCCCUUGCCGGAGGGGGCUUCCUGAGCGUGGACGAGAGGAUUGGCGAGAGCAUUGACCGGCAUGUCUGGGACGCAGGUGUGGUCACUACUGGUGUGCUUGUGAAUAUGUGCCAGGGUGCGGGUGCCCAGGCCUCAAAGCACACGUGGAAUAAGACACCACUGCUCAAAGACCUGCUAUGCUCCGUGACGCCUGGCCGACCUCUCAACGCCAUUGAGCUGGGUUGCGGUGUUGGGGUCCUGGGCAUCGGGCUUGCGGCUGCCCUGUACCGUCGGAUGUCUGGGUCAGGGGCAGGCGAUAGUUCUACGCAGUCACCCAGCCGUAUUCUUCUGACUGACUUGGCAGAUGCCGAGGAGGUGGCCCUGGCCAACAUUGCCGGCGAGAAGAAGGCGAGGAAUGCUGUCCCCACAGCCCCCACAUGGGAGCCCAGUGUAGAUACAGAUUUCGAGUGUCUUGAUUGGGAAGAAGGCAAGGUGGGAGCAUUUGGUCCCAGGGCACGAGCGUCGAGCUGGGAUCUUGUCAUCAUCAGCGACUGCACGUAUAACGUAGAUAUGCUUGCUGCGCUGGUCGCGACCAUUUCCGAGCUGCACAAGCUCUCGAUGGAGAGGGCGAGCAAGAGCACCAGGGUCAUGCUUGCCACCAAGCCAAGGCAUUCAUCCGAGAAGGCGCUUUUCGGCCUGAUGGAUGAGCAUGGCUGGAAGGUGCUGGAGAGUGCGUCGCAGCCGCUGCCCGUGCUGGGGUUGGAGGACCAGUCUGUCGAGAUUUACCUGUUCGGCAAGGACGUCGAGCAGACAUCUUCAGGGGCCGGAGCAUCGUCCACAUCUGCAUCAUCUGCACCAAAGCGCAGGAAGCUGCGUUGA